AUGCCUCCCAUAGAAAGGGAUGCACCAAGCCAGGUGUAUGGGAGUCUGAGACAUCAGCAUUCCGGUUCGCUGUCUGACAACAGCCGUGCCUUGGUACCAAUGUGGGAUAGUUCUGACCCCGAAAGAGCGCCACCACCUCUGCCUCUUAACCCUAAUCCCCAAUCACCAGGACUUGGCUCUCCAUCGAAGCCAGGCACCUCGGCGGCCAUUCAGUCAGCCCAUGCCGCGCUCACCGAAAAGGCGCGCGAGAACUCGCUCAACCCCGGCCCCAGCUCAAAACGGAAGAGUGAAGUCUCGUCCGAGAGGUCAUCUCUCAUCAAAACCACGCCAGCCCACCGCCGCAUGCAGUCUCUGCAGCCCAGUACGGUACGAGAAUUCGGACUCCUACUGGAGAAUGGCACUGGUGGCCGCGAUUCUAUCUCAUCCACUCCACAGUCAAUGGAGAAGUUUCCCAGGCCGGGCACGCCAAAGGACCCGUUCAGCGACUUCAGAAGCCCCGAAGACGCCAGCAGACAAAACGCCCUCGCGCUCUCGCCAGGCCCUAGCUUGACACCUAUUGUUCGACCCAUCGCGCGGCGGUCCACACAGAGCAUCCUCGGCGAGAACACCCCUCCACAAUCGGCAACUAUGCUGGCACUACAGAACAUGUCUACCCCAACACGGGAGAAGACGGCAAGGGAAUUGCCCGUUCCACAGUCUGCCCCUGCUACCGCCAGAGAACUGCCCGAAACCCCUCUUUCCAACGUAACAAAUAACUCGAACGCUCUGGUCAGGCAACAGCAAUCUCAGCCAUCCGUGGCGAUAGACUCCCUCUCACAACAGAUUCUUAGCCUUACGAAUAUCGCUACCUCGUUGCAAAAGGAGAUGGCACAGCUGAGCCGUAGGAGCCGGGACAAUGCGACCGAUCUAUUGAGUCUCAAGGAGGCCACUAAUACCCGGGAUGAGGAUAUACGGAAGAGUUUGCGCGAUCUCGUCAACAACACUCAGGAAAUUUCGAAAUCGACACUCAGGGAUGCCUAUGGCGGAAACCUACUGCUUGACAACAAGCCUCACAGUGCACCAUCCAUAUCAUCAAAGUCUGUGAGACCUUUUUCCCUCCCGCGUAUUCCCUCACCCAACAGCUUCUCCGCGUCCCUGGAUGGUGAUAGGAUGAGUACGCCUUCGCUUUGCGGCAGUGACGGUCCAGCCACGAUGGGUCUCCUGGAGAAGAUUGUGCGCGAUAUGGGCACAAAAGAUGGACAAAAUCUUUUGGUCGGUCGGCUGUCUGAGCUCGCGGAAAAGAUGUCGGGUAUGGCAACAGCGGCCAAGGUUGAAGAGCUGUUGAGGCUUGUGAAGACCAGCCAGGAUCAGUCGGUCGUCUUCUCGGGUGGCAACGGCAAGAGAAACAGCAACGGCAACUGGAACCCCCCUCCUGGUAGGCCCAGGAAUUUUAGUUUCGAUGAAGACCCCUCUCCGGCUGCGCGGGAACUAGAAUUCGGACGCUCUGGACUGCCGCCGCCGGGUGCCCGCGCUCUACCCGAUCCCGGCUUUCGCGCAUCUUCGGCUCCACCAGCCGGUGAGACAGAGAUUAUUACCGAAGACGUUAUUCGAAGCAUUCGGGCUGUGAAGGAUAGCGUGGCCCAAGGAGGAGGUCUCACUGCUGAGGUUAAGGCCCUGGUCCGGGAGCUUCGAGGAGAAGUGCUCGGAAUGGGACGAGAGAUCGGUCGAAGACUCGAAGAGGUUCAAGCCAAGAAACCAAACCGCGACGAGAGUGUGACCCGAAUAGACAUGGCCAAGAUCAUAGAUGAUGGUCUUGAAGAAAUGAAGCAGCACAUGAACCAGCUGAUGAGGGAGCAUCGUCGCCAAUCUACCGCUGCAUCUCGUGGCCCUGUGGUGGACUACUCGGAGAUCUACAACUCGAUGCGGUCGGCCUUGAAAGACUCGCAAGCCAUGAACAAACCUCGCAAGGACGAAAUGACCAAGGACGAUGUCAUGCAAGCAAUCCAGGAGGCUUGGGAAACGUACAAGCCCGAUAUUCAGGUUCAGCAAAUCGGUCUCGAGCGCGAUGAGGUUCUUGACUGUUUACAAGAAGGACUCCGUGAAUACGCCCCUCAAAACGACGUUGUUCCGGGCGCCACACGUGAAGAAGUGUUCCAGGCUGUAGUGGAGGGUUUGAAACACUUCACUCCGCCGCAAGUCGAGCCGCAGAGCAGCCUCUCACGAGACGAGAUCCUGGGUGCAGUUCGCGAAUGCCUGGAAGAAUUCGAAUUCCCUGUUGCCCCGUCGGCGAUGGGUGCGGAGCUCUCGAAGAAGGACAUGAUUGACGCGGUUCGGGAGGGCCUUGAAGGCAUUGAGCUUCCGCAACGCGAUGACUCAGUCGUCCAAAGGGGCAUCGACACCGAGGAGAUUCAAGACCGCAUUCGCGAGAUCAUGCAAGUAAUGCGCGAGGAGUUCCAUGCCGUCUCAGAGGAGGCUAAGCAGAAUGUAGCCGCCAACGGUAGGGACACGGAGCAGGUUCUUGAUGCGACCAAGGACGGGUUCGAAAAGCUCCGCAUCGACAUGGAGAGAUACAUUGACAGGGCUUCCGGAACAGCUGGUCAAGAACAAUUUCUGGAAGGGCUCGUCCGCACUCUAGAUCUCUUUCGUGAGGAGAUUUCUGACCUUGUCUCAAAGUCUUCUAACAGCUCUCGCGAGGUCCUUCAGAGCGAGAUCGAAAACCUCCGUGAGACGGUCAACUCCUCGCUAGUGCCGAUGUCUGCUAUUUCUACAAGCAACGGAGGCAGUAACAACAAGGAGGUCCUUGAGGCUCUUCAGGAUGGCAUUGGCAGCCUUCGUAACGAGAUGGCUAACCGACCCAUCGCUGGAACCAACGAGGUACUGGAUGCAUUGCAGGAAGGUCUUGAGGAUCUGAAGUCCAGCAUCGAGAAAAUGGCGAACAAACCAGCUGACCUGACGGCAAACGACGAGAUCCUCGAUGCACUCAGGAAUGGAUUAGAUGGUGUCAAGUCAGAAAUUGGGACCAUGCGGGACACUAGCAACGACAAGGCUGUCGCCAUGAUCACUGACAACAGUGCUGCCAUUGUUCCUGUAGAUGUGUUGCGGCAAGACGACAUUAAAAACCUCGAGGGACUCAUCACCCAACUCCGCAGCAAGGUUGACGGCAUAGAGACUAACGCCGCCCCUGUGAUACCCGCCGCAUCCAUCUCCAAGGAGGACGUGGCUUCUAAGGAAGACCUUUCUGGCAUCAUUGCCAUGCUAGAAAAGCUCCAAGAGUCCGUCUCCAACAUGCCUGCUAGCAGUCGAGAGCCUGCCGCAACCGAUGCGGCGACGCGAGAAGAUGUCGUCGCCAUCGAAACCAUACUUCGCAACGCCAAGUCCCGUCUUGAUGACCUGAUUGAUGGCGAACAGGCUGUGCGGAAAGAUCACAUUGAUGCCCUCGAAACCAUAGUAUUGGAGAGCAAAGAGUCGCUUGCUGGACUCACUGCCAAGCUUGACGGCAGCCUGGAGGGACUUUCACGUCAGCAAGAUCUCAAGGAGAUUGAAUCUCUGAUCGCCCAGGUUGCCAACGAGUUUGAGGAGAUGAGAGAUCGCCAUGACAAACAGCUCGCCGACCCUGAGCGAGUUACCAAAACCGACGUCGGCGCCCUCGAAGCGGUUUGCCUGGACGUCAAGAGUGCUAUCGACCAGAUGGUCAAGGCUGAUCUCGCACUGUUACCCAGCAAGGACGACCUGCAAAAGCUCGAGAACCUCUUGAAUGAUUUGAAGGAGAAGGUAUCUGGGGAUGCCGAAGCUACCGCAAAGGCUUUCGAUGACCGGCAGGCCGAGACUGUGGGGGUCAACGAAAACGUCAAGGAGGUUAACGAAAACGUCAAGGAGGUCAACGAAAACGUCAAGGAAGUCAAGGCAUUCCUCGAAGAGUUCCAGACUUCUGUUAAGGAAAAGUUGGACGAAGGAAAAUCAGGUGUGGAUUCACUCACCAAGCUCCUCGAAGACAUUGGCGAAACAGCUGGCAAGAGUGCCGGCGUCAGUGACGACCUCAAGGUGAUGUUCGAAGCGGUCAAGAUCGAGUUUGAGGAGUCCCGAGCUGGUGUGGUCGGCGCAAAGCUUGAGGCGGACGAAAGUUUCAAGCAAACCACAGACACUCUCUCAGCCAAAAUCGACGAGAAGAUUGGCGAGCUCCUCCUCAAGUAUGAAACCUUCCAGGCCGAAAUGGAAGAGCGCGCUAAGAACGGCGAGGCCCGCGAUCUCGGCCUUGAGGAGGCUGUGAUUGGCACCAAAGCUGUGGCAGAUGAACUCAAGACUCUGAUUGAUACUCUCGGAGCCACCGUCACAGACUCGCUCGAGAAGAUGGAGGAGGCAUCAAAAACUGUGUUCAGCCGAGUGGAGGACCUGGUCAACAAGACCGAUGAGAACCAGGCUGACGCCAAAGUCGAGCAUCAGCUCACGCGCGACGAGAUCAAGCAGGCGUACGGCGCCGUCGAAGGACUCCUUACCGAUAAAGUCUGCGAAUACCAGCCCCAGAUCCUCGAGAGUGUCAAGAACGUGCUGCUCAUCGUCAGUGAACACUUUGAACACUCAAAGUCGUCUACAGAGACAAUUCAGGAGAAGAUCGUUGAAUCCAAACCGGAGCUGCCUCUCCUUCCUCCCAUCGAGAAGUACGACGAUACGCAGGUCAUCGAGAGACUUGAUAAGCUGUCGGAGAGAUACGAUGCUGCAACUCUGAUAGAAAAGCUGCAGACCCUCAACGACAAGUGCGACGAUACGCAAGUCAUCGAGAGACUUGAUAAACUCUCGGAGAAAUACGAUGGCGAUGGCGCAGUUCUGAUAUCGAAGCUCGACGCUCUCAGCGAAAAGUGCGACGACACGCAAGUUAUCGAGAGACUUGAUAAACUGUCGGAGAAAUACGAUGGCGAUGGCGCAGUUCUGAUAUCGAAGCUCGACGCUCUCAGCGAAAAGUGCGACGACACGCAAGUUAUCGAGAGACUUGAUAAACUGUCGGAGAAAUACGAUGGCGAUGGCGCAGUUCUGAUAUCGAAGCUCGACGCUCUCAGCGAAAAGUGCGACGACACGCAAGUUAUCGAGAGACUUGAUAAACUCUCGGAGAAAUACGAUGGCGAUGGCGCAGCUUUGAUGGCAAAACUCGACACUAUCAACGAGAAGUGCGACGACACGCAAGUCAUCGAGAGGCUCGACAAACUGUCGGAGAGAUACGACGGUGCGGCUCUGAUGGCAAAACUUGAAGCCCUUGACGACAAAUACAACGGCACGCUUGUUGUGAACGACAAAAUCGACUCACUCACAUCGAAAUGUGAGGAGGGUGCUCUUAACAAUGGAGAGAAGAUUGAUAAGCUCUCAGAGAAGGUUUCCGAUGACAAUAUAGCCGUGCGCGAGAAGCUAGACAAGCUAGUAGGUCACACCGAAACCGCCGACAAGGCCUUCAACAAACUGGACACGCUGGAGAUGGUCCACCAGCAGGUGUUGCAGACAGCUGCCGAGGUUUCGGCAUUUGUGGCAGCGCAAACACUGCGCAUCUCCGACGAGCACGACGACCGCGAAAAGACCUUGCAAGAGACAACACUGGCUAUCGAGCGCGGGACAGCACAAAAGGAGGCACUCGACGAGGACAUCACUCGGCUUCGGAAAGAACAAGAGGAGCUCAGGCUUAGUGUUGAAAGGUUGCGUGAGGAACAAGAAGAGUUGGCGCGUCAGAGAACGAGGCUCACAGCAGACGUUGCCUCGCUUGAGACUGCCGUCACACUGCGGCGGGAGGAGCUUCGAGAGGUCGAGGACCGCGCUCAAAGUCUCGAGCGGCGCAUCCUGGAAGGCGUCAUGGACCAUUCACGCGUGAUGCUCAUGGCCAAAGCUGGCGGUUUUACAAAGGGCCGCGACGCAAUGAGCCGUAAGAGAGUGUCAUCAACCCGGCAAAAGAAUAGAAGUGCAGAUGCCGCCGGCGCUGUUGAUGGUCGACCGGUUGGCGCUGAACGCAAGCAGGAUUCCAAGAAGAUGCGUACGGUUCCCAUCAACAUGGCCAUGUCUGUAGCCGCGGCCAACCGCAGCGGCCUUGCACCGCCUAAUCCCGGACCUCAGGCCCGCCGCAUCGUUUCUCUCAGCCAAAUCAAUCACAACGUGCCUGUUGGCGGCUUCAAGCGUAGCCAGAGUGUUCGUCAGCCAGGCCGGCCAGGGAUGAGGAAGAGCAGUUGGGCUGGCGGGCGAGACUCGACGCCAGUGCCUGCUAUCCCCAAAGAAUACGGGGAUGUGAAUUCCGAUGACAAGGAGAACAGCAUUCCCAGGCGCGUUAGCGAGGAUGGACGAGAAGGUGAUGCAUUUGUACAGCCCACACCUCACGAGGCCGCCAUGGCAAUGGUCUUGGCCGAUCAGAUCACUCCCCCAGCUACAGAGCUGGACCUGGACCUGGGUCAAGACGACGAUGCAGCAUCUCAGCACAGCGAUGCUGAUACACUACGUCGGACUAGCAUGGGAACUUCUGUUAUUACCGUGGAGAGUUCCGUCGCGGGCACGUAUGACGGCUCUGGUAGCGACCGAGACACCGAGGACUAUGAUUCAGAAUUGGACGAUGCCUCAAGCCAGUGGACAGAAUCUCAGGUUGGGGUCACGCCGAGCGAU